AUGAAUGAUUAUUCUCACGUAGCUGAGUAGUUACUAGCACUACGGUUAAAGAUUGCUGCAUUUCUUUCGCUCACUAUGGCGGAACUAGAUUUACCCCAGUCUACAUUCUCGGCAUGGAUGAAGGUCGUCGCCACGAUUCUCCUGCUCUAUUAUUGUAUAUCAAAUCUAUACUCCUGGAGGAGGCUUCGACAUGUCCCAGGCCCUUUCAUGGCAGGCGUCACAUCACUGUGGGAAAUGUCAGUUACCGCUACUGGCCAAGAACCAUGGGUCUACAACAAAUUGGCGAAGAAGCACGGUCAUCUCGUAAGGAUCAGCCCGAACACGAUCCUCACAGAUGACCCAGAGGUCCUGCGUAAGAUAUCGGGUGUCCGGAAAUCAUACGUCAAAGACGCCUUCUAUAGCGCGACGCUCAAGCAUCCAGAUCACGAUACAAUGUUCUCGACCAUCGACACGCCACUCCACGAUGAAAUGAAGGCAAGGCUAGCAGGUGCAUACGGCGGUCGUGAAACAUUAGCCAUGGAACCAAUUGUGGACGAUCUGAUCGAGGCCCUUAUCCAGCACAUUCGAGACGAGACUUCCUUGGGAUUGGGCAGAAAGGGAAUCAUCGAUUUCGCCAUUACCACCAACUCUUUUACCAUGGAUGUUAUUACUCGGGUCUCGUUCGGCAAGGAGCUGGGAUUUUUGAGGACCCAUUCUGACGUAUAUGGCCUCAUGGCCGCAGUACGAGACUCUAUGAGGACAUACACUAUUCCUAUGGCCAUUCCCUGGCUGCGAUCUAUAACUACCUCGCGAUUUUUCCUCCGCCAAUUUGGCCCAAAGAAAACGGAUAAGGUCGGGCCCGGUGUGGUGAUUGGAGCACUGGAAGAAACAAUUCAGAAGCGAUGCGACCAAGGCGCACUUGAAGACAAAGACUUACUAGGAGCAUUCAUCCGAAGCGGACUCUCUCCAGGAGAAUGUAUGAGUGAGGCCUUGUUCUCCAUGGUCGCUGGGUCAGACACAACUGCAGCUGCAAUACGCGCCACAAUGCUGUAUCUUAUCACAACUCCGCGCGUUUAUCAGAAGAUGAAGCAAGUAGUUGAAGAGGCUGUCCACUCCGGACGUGUUUCAAACCCAAUCAAGCAAGCAGAGGCCAAAGAGAUUCCCUACCUUCAGGUUGGUAGCCCAAAACCGACACCCUCCCGUGGAUGUGGCAGGACCGCAAGCUCUUGAUGUUCGCCAGGCUGUCCUAUAUGAAGGUCUGCGUAUGCGGCCACCGGCACCCAUCAAAUUCUACAAGGUAGUCCCGCACCCAGGUGAUGAGAUUGACGGCAAGUUCAUCCCUGGCGGCACAGCCAUUGGAUGGAACCAGAUUCCGAUGAUGCGCUCGACUCAACACUGGGGCCACGACGCCGAGGUAUUCCGGCCCGAUCGCUUUUCGGAGGCAGACGAGGAAACGCGCCUAUCUAUGGAGCGACUGGUUGAGCUGGUCUUUGGUCACGGUCGGUUUGGAUGUGCUGGGAAGCCCCUUGCGUUCAUGGAGCUGAGCAAGGUCUACUUUGAGCUUUUCCGGCAUUUUGAUUUUCAGAUUGUCAAUCCGUUGAAACCGUGGGAAUCUGAGCUUUACAGUGUGUGGAUGGAUGAGAAGUUUCUGGUGCAAGUCACGGAAGCUGCCAUAGUUUGAGAGAAGCGGAAUAAUCUUGUCAUUAUUAACCUGGACCUGGAAUACACAGGGUUCAUAUGUACCCGGCGGCUAUUCCACAGAUCCCGGGCAAUCGAAUCCGAGGCUUUCUCGCCCAC